UUGUGAAAUCCGGAUGCGCGUUGUGAACCGGAACUACAUUUUAAGUUUUUCCGCCUUAACAGGACAGUAAAGAGACAUUUCGAAAUAUAGUCGACAAAGGGAAUUUGAAGGCUACUAAACGUGAUGGACUCUUCAGAUAAAAGCCAAAGUCCCACUCCUCAAAAUGAACCACCUAGAGCAGGUGACGAAUCCAAUCCAGCUGAUGGGAGACUCCAACAAGUUAGUGCAGAGGAGGAAAGCACCAAAGAGCAGCAGUCUCCACAAAGAAAGUCUCCAAUGUCCAGGAACUCAUCCAAGAGCCCCAACUCUAGCAGCUCAGACAGCAGCAGCAGUGAAGAUGAACAUCAUGGUGCACUAAGGAAGAUACGGAGUAGUGUUGCUGAAAUCAAAAGACCGGAGUUGAAAGAGCAAGCAAGGUCCAGAUCCAGGGAAAAGGACAACUCCAGAUCCAGAUCCAGAUCCAGAUCCAAGUCGGGUGAGAAAGACCAACCCCGGUCCAGGGAGAGAGAAAGAUCUCAGUCCAGGGGUCGUGAUAGAUCCAGAUCCAGAUCAAGAUCCAGGGGAAGAGACGGAUCGAGGUCCAGAAGACGGGACAGAUCCAGGUCCAAAUCUAGAGACCGGAACCCAGACCGUUCUAACAGAAGAUAUUAUGCUCGGGAUCGCUACCAGGAUCAACGCGACGAUAGAAAUGGACGCUUUGAUUGGCGAGGCAACAGGGAUAUGGAGUCCGGUGAGAGGAGGCGGGGCCGCUCCGCUUCUCCUUCCAAUGACAAGGAGCCAGAUUCUGCCGAAAAGCCUCCCGUUAAGAAGAAAAAGGAGGAGAUUGAUCCGAUCCUGACCAGGACCGGGGGUGCUUACAUUCCCCCUGCCAAGCUGCGCAUGAUGCAGCAACAAAUCACUGACAAGAGCAGCCUGGCCUAUCAGAGGAUGAGCUGGGAGGCUCUGAAGAAGUCCAUCAACGGUUUGAUCAACAAAGUCAACGUGUCCAACAUCGUCAACAUCAUCCAGGAGCUCCUACACGAAAAUAUCGUCAGAGGGAGGGGUUUGCUGGCUCGAUCGGUGCUGCAAGCUCAGGCAGCUUCUCCCAUCUUCACUCACGUCUACGCUGCUGUGGUUGCCAUCAUCAACUCAAAGUUCCCUCAGAUUGGAGAGCUGAUCCUCAAACGCCUCAUCCUGACCUUCAGACGGAGCUACCGCCGCAACCUCAAGCAACAGUGCCUGACAGCCUCCAAGUUUGUGGCUCAUCUCAUCAACCAGAACGUUGCUCAUGAGGUUUUGUGUCUGGAGAUGCUGACCCUUCUGCUGGAGCGUCCGACCGACGACAGCGUGGAAGUCGCCAUCUCCUUCCUCAAAGAGUGCGGACUCAAACUGACCGAGGUUUCUCCUCGGGGAAUUAAUGCCAUAUUUGAGCGUCUCAGGAAUGUCCUCCACGAGUCGUCGAUCGAUAAGAGGGUCCAAUACAUGAUUGAAGUGAUGUUUGCCAUCAGGAAGGAUGGUUUCAAAGACCACCCAGUGAUCCCAGAUGGUCUGGACCUGGUUGAUGAGGAAGACCAGUUUACCCACAUGCUGCCUCUGGAAGAUGACUACAACCAAGAAGAUGCCCUCAAUGUCUUCAAAAUGGACCCAGACUUCCUGGAGAAUGAGGAGAAAUACAAAACCAUUAAAAGAGACAUCCUGGAUGAAGGCAGCAGUGAUUCAGGAGAUGAAGGUGAUGGCAGUGAGGAGGAGGAGGAGAACGAUGAGGAGGAGGAAGAAGAGGGUGAGAAGGUCACCAUCUUUGAUAAGACAGAAGUCAACCUGGUCGCCUUCAGAAGAACCAUCUAUCUCGCCAUACAGUCCAGUUUGGACUUUGAGGAGUGCGCUCACAAGCUCAUAAAGAUGGACUUUCCUGACAGCCAGACUAAGGAGCUGUGUAACAUGAUCCUGGACUGCUGCGCUCAACAGAGGACCUAUGAGAAAUUCUUUGGCCUUCUAGCGGGGAGGUUUUGCCUACUAAAGAAGGAGUACAUGGAGAGUUUUGAGGCCAUAUUUGCAGAACAGUACGACACGAUUCACCGGCUGGAGACCAACAAGUUGAGGAACGUUGCCCGCCUCUUCGCUCACCUGCUUUACACAGACUCCGUACCGUGGAGUGUGUUGGAGUGCAUCAAGAUGAGUGAGGAGACGACCACAUCGUCCAGCAGGAUUUUUGUUAAGAUCCUCUUCCAGGAGCUUUGUGCUUACAUGGGCCUCCCCAAACUCAACCAACGGCUGAAAGACACGACUUUGCAGCCGUUCUUUGAAGGUCUUUUUCCUCGUGAUAAUCCCAGAAACACUCGCUUUGCCAUCAACUUCUUCACCUCCAUCGGUCUGGGAGGACUGACAGAUGAGUUGAGGGAACAUUUGAAGAAUGCUCCAAAGAUGAUCAUGACCCAGAACCAGGAAGUUGAGUCCUCUGACUCCUCAUCUUCCUCGUCGUCCUCCUCAGAUUCCUCCUCAGAAUCUUCUAGCGAAUCUGAUUCUUCAUCAGACUCCUCCUCCUCCUCCAGCAGCUCAGACUCAGACAGCAAACACAAAAAGAGAAAAGGACGCAGAGAAGAGAAGAAAAAGACUGAAAAGAGCAAGAAGAAGGAGAAACCUGACAAGAGGAAACACAGAAGCAAGCGGGGCAACGAUGAAGACGACGAUGACGACGAGAAGGCAGCGAGGAAGGACCAGAGGAAGCACGCACCAGAUUUGCCCGAGCGCGCCCACGAGGACUCCCGACGGCGUAGGCGGGACGAAGGAUCAGAGGAGGAGGAGGACAGAAGACGAAAAAUGGACAGAGCAAGAGAUGGAGAGAGAAACAUGGAGAGGGAAAGAGGGAGGGAUAGAGGGAGGGAGAGAGAGGUUGAGGAGAAGAGGGAGAGGGAGAGGAAUAAAGAAAACCGAGACAGAAACAGAGAUGACCGCAGGAGGAGAUAAAACUCCACACCUGCAGCAGGGAGGGAUGACCUCCUUCAACCCACCGCUACCGCUCUGCUGCUGUCGAUCCGGGACCCGCCGCUUAUUUUCCUCUUUUAUUUUCUCUAUGAAAUGAGAUCUAAACUGUUUUAGAAGUUUCUUUGUAAAUUGUGAGUUUUCCAGUCUUUUUGGCUCAUUUGUAAAGAGUUUAGUUUUCUUGCAGGAGAUCUGUUUUUGGUAUGGAGCUUUUAAAGGAACAGUUCGUCCUUUUUCUGCUGUAAAAACUGUCAAAGUGGCGCCAGUUUCAUUGAAACCGUAAAGUGGCAAAUAUUGUUAAUUCUUUAUUACAAAAAAAAUUAAGUUCUUUAAAACUUUUGCAAAUAAAAAAACGUAUCAUUGAUGAACAAA